AUGGCCAUUGAGAAUGAAGGAUUAACAAAAAAGAUAAAUGAAAUGUACCGUUAUGUAUUACGUCUUUAUGAUCGCCUUAUUAAUGGCCAAAAGACACUGGUAACUCUUAUAGAAGUUCAAAUUUUCUUUGACAUUCUUGUAUCAGAUAGAGAGACUCCAGAUGAAUGUGACUCAAGAAAAUGGAAUCCAACUCUCUGGAUGGUCUACAAUAAACAAAUAUAUAAACAAGAAAGCUCUCUUACGAGAUCGUACUCUUGUUCUCACUUGGGAUAUAGAGAUCCAAUUAGAGAGUUGAGCAAAUUUGCUGAAGUCCUUGAUUUGAAUCAUAAUGUUUUUAUGAUUUGCAUGACAUUGUAUUGGAAAGAUGAUCCAAAACUAUAG